GCAGGCACUCAUUCGAGCCUGCCUAUAUUACAAGCUGAGCUUUUGGUGGAGCCUUAUUCAGUGGUGGGAGGCGAUCACGGAUUGUUUUUACGGAACUCAGUCAUCCCGUUAUGCCUUACAGACUCUCUCUAGAUCCUAAUCAUCAGCCCUACAGCGGCGCAUGAUAUAGGCAGGGUUUUAUUACCAACAAAGACAAGAGAGACUGGAAUGACCAUUUCCGGCUUAUUAGCCGUCGUCAGCUAGUCCUACCCAACCCCGAAGUGUGGAACACCUGGGGCUCGAACUCGCGACCUGUUAGUUAGGAGUCCAACAGUUCUUACCACUAGACCACGGGCCCGUUAUCCUGUCGGUUUCGAUCGAGAAUGUACAGUGGUAGACGGGACAACGAGCCCGUGGCUCAGUGCUGAGAGUCUUUGAACAUCUAACUAACAGGUCGCGAGUCCGAACCGCGGGUUUUCCACAUUUCGGGGUUGGGCAUGACUGGCUGACGACGGCUAAUAUACCGGAAAUGGUCAUCCCAGUCUCUCUUGUCUUUGUUGGUAAUAACAGAGCCUUAGUCAUCUAGCCUAAAAAACGUCUGAUACCAGUGCCCAUCAUCUGUAUAGUGGAUAUUCAACUUGCUCCUCAUCCAGCCCCUAAUGAGCCCCUCACCAAUAGAAAAAUAGCAGUUCUCAGGUGUGCCAACUCAUGAAAUGUUAAGCGAAAUCCCGAAAUGCAUUUUGGACUCGGAAAGGUUACCAACGCAGCAAAAUCCUAUAAUAAUUUAAUUACUUCAGGAUACCAGCUUUUGAAUGAACUUCUUUCUGGUCGUCUGCCAAAACUACGCUCUGUAAAAAAAUGACUCCCUAAGCAGCAGGAUUUUUUCUCAGUGAUUUUUGAUAUCUUUAUAUAUUCAAGUAGUUCUCAUAGAACUUCAUCUUUUACUCAUUUGGUAGAAAAUUGCGUCUUCUUCAAAUUUUUGUAUUUGUGGGAAGAGCAUAAAUCAGUUUCAGAAACUUUCUAAGUGUGAGACUUUUUAAGACCGUUAAAUGCCCAUUCACCAAACCUCAUGUCUCUGCACUAACCAAAGUUACAAUAUGGCUCGAAUUCACUGCUCUAUUUUAUGAACUCUAUAUGGUUUCCUAUAAAUAACAUAGAGAAAUAUAUGCGUUUUCGUACACGGGAAGGAUACGACUUGUAUUUUGGAAACGCUGAAUGUAAAUGUGACGGCAGAUCGGUUUCAAAAUUAGUCUCGAAUCGGAAGAAGUUUUCGAAAACCGAAAUGCAACCUCCCUUCGAGUUUAAAGUUGUAAGAAGACAUAAGUUUCUACCGAAUGAAUAAAAGCCCGAAUAUUUUUAUGCAUGUUUUCCAUGAAAUAUAAUUAUAUUUUUAAGGGCAUUGAAAAUGAGUGAGAAAAAUUCAUGUUAUUUAGGUAGUCAUUUUCACAGAGUAUAGUUUUUGCGGGCGGCCAGAAGGAAGUUCGCUCAAAAGCUGGCAGCCUGAAGUAACUGAAUUAUGAUGGAAUUAUUCUGCAGGAUGAUUAUUAUCGCAGCCCUAUUUUCGAGUCAAAAAUGCAUUUCAGAUUUUUUGCUAGCAUUUUAUGAGUCAACAAAUAUACAGGUAAUUAACUCCUGUUUCCAAAACUUAGCUAUUAACAUAUCUACAUAGGUUGGACAGCUUUCAUUCCCUUUCUAGGGUGUCCUCGGGUUGUGUAAAUUGAGAAAUGCGGCACUAAAUGCCGUUAACGCACUCGCGGUUUCCAGCCGGCUGGCGUCCGGAUACGGCCAUCUUGCCAUUUGUGAUUUGACUGUGGCUGACAAUUUGCAGUCUGUAAGUUUACGCUUUUUCGUGUGUUUUUUUUUCUACUAGCAAAUGCCUUUUCAACUUACCUUUGCUAGAUGUCCAUCGUCGUUCAUCUGACUAAUGCCAAAAGCCCCACACCUAUUUUCUUCAGAAUUAUAAAGCUGGCCUGCCCUUUAGCCUUCCCAAACAUUAGGAAGUCCCCCUUUGUGUAAAUAAUCUUCCCAUCAUUUUAAAAUGCACUUCCCGAUGCAUUAUGUUCCGUCGUAGAUGUCGCUGUUCGAUCCAUUAGGAAUUUUCUAAUUUGGCUUAGGCUUCCAGCGCACCUUGGGCAGCUCCUCUACAGACUAGGUACGUGUAGCAGUCAGAAUAAGAGCAAUAAUCUAAUAAAUAAUCAAAACCUCGGACCAGAUAUAGCAUCCCACAUUUUUCAACAUGAUCUUGGUCUUGAGUCAUGGUUUACGGGACCACAGUCUAUCAACAAGUGCAUCGACAUCCCCACACCAUAUUUCGUGCUGAGACAUAGGCUAGCCAAGGUAAUUGACCACUCGGGGAGCGCGCAAGCCGGUGAGCCAGAUGGCCGAGCAAUCAUCGCGCCAGCGUCCGACACGGGUGAUGAUAUUUCAGCAAUUAACAACUUGCAUGCCGGCCAUCAAACAAUUAUCGCACCAGCGGGCAGCCAUCCUUGAUGAAGGGGAGCACGGUUAAUUGCUAUAGGGAUGCGGUAGCAUAGCGACUGCGUCCUGUAAAUACUGCGAUUUCCUGUGCACGAGUCACCCUUUUCUGCCACUGUCCCUGAUGAUGGAUUCAAGUGAGAAUCCGAAACGUCAGGCGAAUGAAACCCUUGUUCCAGCGAUCGCUUCUUCUUCUUCUUCUUCUUCUUCUUCUUCUGAUGAUCUCUUCUAUUGUUCAUUUGAAUGAGCUGGAACACCUCCGUGGUCAGAGCUGAACGCUGAUCCAAUUUUAUUGAGGUUUAGACCCACAAAUACCUCUGGAAAUAUGAAUACUUUGACAGCAUUACACUAAAGAACGCCUUCCUAUCACAGCUUGGCGCCCAGUUGGAUAGCAUGAAUCUUCUUGUGGAUGAGAGAUCGGUGGAGUCCGACUCAGAUCCUGCAACAAAUACCUGCGGCAAUCCACCGAAAGCCGGUGGCUCUCAUGAUUCACAGUCUGCUGUCAAUUCUACUUCAUUUAAAAGGUGA